GACUGUGUGUGGCCUAGCCAUCUAGGAUGAAGUGGAACCUGUUCAAGAAGAAGCCUGAAGCCAUGGUCGGACCGGAGCCCACCGGGGCCGCUGUCUUAACUGUUGCCCCUGGCCCCGUGGCCUCCACUGCAGCUGACAACUCCACAGAGGCCGUCAAGAACGGCGACUUUGAUGACAUCAAGAAUAAGUUCCUCAAUGAGAUCGACAAGAUCCCAUGUGAGUGCCUGUCUGGUGAGAGCCUGGUCUGGACGUUGCACAGCAACUAACACCCAGACCUGUCCAGAUGAGAUUGCAUGACUUUUAUUGAUAAUACUCUAAAAACAAUGGCUUUGGAAUUACACUGAACAAAAAUAUAAACGCGACAUGUAAAGUGUUGGGCCCAUGUUUCAUGAGCUAAAAUAAAAUAACCGAGACAUUUUACAUAAGCACAAAAAGCUUAUUUCUCUCAAAUUUUAUGCACACAUUUGUUUACAUCCCUGUUAGUGAGCAUUUCUCCUUUGCCAAGAUAAUCCAUCCACCUGACAGGUGUGGUAUAUAAACAAGCUGAUUAAACAGCAUGAUCAUUGCACAGGUGCACCUUGUGCUGGGAACAAUAAAAGGCCACUCUAAAAUGUGCAGUUUUAACACACAACACAAUGCCAAAGCGUGCAAUUGGCAUGCUGACUGCGGGAAUGUCCACCAGAGCUGUGCCAGAGAAUGUAAUGUUAAUUUCUCUACCAUAAGCCGCCUCCAAUGUUGUUUUAGAGAAUUUGGCAGUACAUCCAAAUAGCCUCACAACCGCAGACCACCUGUAUGGCGUCGUGGGGGUGAGCGGUUCGGGAUGCUCUGGAUCCACGUGUACGACAGCAUGUUCCAGUUCCCGCCAAUAUCCAAAAACGUCGCACAGCCAUUGAAGAGGAGUGGGACAACAUUCCACAGUCCACAAUCGACAGCCUGAUCAACUCUAUGCGAAGGAGAUCUGUCGCGGUGCACGAGGCAAAUGGUGGUCAAACCAGAUACUGACUGGUUUUCUGAUCCAUGCCCCUACCUUUUUUUUAAAGGUAUCUGUAACCAACAGAUGUAUAUCUGUAUUCCCAGUCAUGUGAAAUCCAUAGAUUAGACCACAAUUAAAUCAUUUCAACUAACAGAUGUAUAUCUGUAUUCCCAGUCAUGUGAAAUCCAUAGAUUAGACCACAAUUAAAUCAUUUCAACUGACUGUUUCCUUAUUUGAACUGUAACUCAGUAAAAUCUUUGAAAUUGUUGCAUGUUGGGUUUAUAUUUUUGUUCAGUAUAGAUCUGUUCUACCCCUGAAGGCAUUGACGUCCACUUUAUGCCCUUAUUAUGUAUCGAUCAGGAGGUAUCGUUGCUAAUAGCAUUCUCUAAUAUGCACCAAAUCUAAUUAUUAACAAACAAAAAAAAUUGUUAUCCUGCGGUGUAUUUGUUUGUGUGCGUUUGUGUAUGUGUCUGUGUAUCUUAGUGCCAUCAUGGGCCAUCAUCGCCAUUGCAGUGGUAGCCGCUACCCUGAUUCUCACUUGCUGCUUCUGCAUCGUUAAGAAGUGCUGUUGCAAGAAGAAGAAGAACAAGAAGGGCAAGAAAGGGAAGGGUGAAAUGGGCAUGGCGAACAUGAAAGGAGGAGAGGUAUGUUCAACCCGGGGGGAGGGGGGGAUAAUUGUAUAGUUAUAAAUCAGAAUAAAUACGUUGUGAACAAACACCCAACUUAAAGCUGUUCUUUAUUUAGAAUAUUUUCCAAUAGCAGCAUAGAGGACCUAUUGUCCUCUAAUUGACAACCACAUCACCCAGUGGAUGGCAUGGUGAAAAUAGAGCCAUUUCUAGCCAUUUAGAAUUCAUAACAUUUCACAUAUUUAGUAAGUCAUUUAGCCCAUCAUUGAACUGUCAAAAUCUCUAGAAAAGAACCCCCCUUCCUUCUUCAUUUCUUGUUGUUAUAUAUUGUAUUUGUCAGAGAUGUUAGUGGUGUUUUCUGUUGUGCUUUGGGACCUGGGUGAGAAAUGACACAGCUGAGCUCUUUUACAUGGGCGAAUUAUACUACUGUUGAUGGAAUAUAUAAUUCUUACCAAUUAGCACAGAAUUGCCACGCCAAAAUUCAAAUUGUAAACAGCCCGUAGUGGCAUUGUGGGGCUAAAUGUUCUACUCUAGUACACAAUCGAUCAUUUUAUAAAUUACAUUUUGGGUCAAUUGAACAUUCUUCAACAACAACAGUAAUAUCCAAAAACUGAUGGAGUUCAUUAAAACACAAGGCCCCUAGCUUAGAGCUAUUUUCAGUGGGGUUCCAGCACUGUGUCAUUUUUCCUGUCCUAUAGUGUAGUUGUUGACUUUGCCUCUGCUCUAAUUUCCCUCUCUGGUGUCUGCUGUGAGUUCAAUCUCUUCCUUUCUCCCUGCUCUCCUCCUUCCUGCUUUGUGUCUUAUGUGUGCUUCGUGUAUCUUGACUCUGGUGGACUUCUCUGCCUACGGUAGGUCUGACGGCACGAGGCGCCCCUCUCUGGCCGCUCUGUGUAAGCGUAGGGCAGUGGGAGAGGUGGGGGUGGGCUGGGCUUGUGGAAGGGGAUUGGCGAUUAUUACAAUGGGUGCUAUGGCUUUCUUAGUCUUGCAAGCUUAGGUGCUGCGGGUGCUUGAGGGUGUAGCUAUGGGAGCGAUUAAGCUGCUUCGCAAAGUCCACUGAUUUGAUAUGCUGCCACACCGACUGCCAUGAUGAUGUCUUGAGUAUCCAUGGAGAGGUUGUAAUUUGGGAAAAAGAUAAAACAAACAAACUAUAAGACCUCUGAAAGUGGAAAUGUUUGAAAUGGUUUUGAAAUGAACGUGAAACUCAUCCUACGGUUGAGCCUCUGAAUGAUGAUGAGUGCACUGAGGCAACCCACUAGAGUUCACUAACAUGCAUGUGCAAAGGGUGAGGUUGGCUAUUGUCAAAUAAUGGGGGAAACUUUACCUCACUGAGAUCUUUGAACAUGUUUCCACAAUCGUAUUACCUAAUCAAGCACAUUAUUGUUCAUAGUCUCUUACAGUAACUAUAAUACUAGUCUUGUCCAUGCUCUGCUUUCAGUGUGAAAUUCAUACGUCAUUUCUACGUCCUAAAUUCAGUUGUGCAAACAUGCUCAGAGAUCAAGGUGAGACAAAGUGGUUUGUAUCUCUUGACAAAGACCAACACAAGCCCUUUCAGUAGGUACCCACGGGGGGCCAGUAUGAAAAAUGUAUGCACUCACUAAUUGUAAGUCGCUCUGGAUAAGACCGUCUGCUAAAUGACUAAAAUGUCAAAAAAUUUACCAUUGAAUGGCCACAACUUGACUUGAGAGUAACUAUCCUGGAUGACCCAUGAUGCUGCUGACCAAUUAGGUUUUAGUCAACGUUUCCCUUUCUCCCUGGAGCAGUGGUGUUAGUGGUAAAAAAUGGUGGGUCAGAAAGUUUGCCUACUGGUAAUAAUGUGAGCCACAUUUGAAUUAUCUUUAGACAGCAUGAUUCAAAUUGAAACCCCGGUACUUCAAUUGGCUGCCUACAGUUUGAUUUCAUAAUUCCUUGCAGAAUGUGAGCUCACAAAUGAAAAGUUAUCAUAGUUAUGACAAUUGGGACAUACCUUCGGACAUGCCUUUCUGUAAUAUUUGAAUCCCAUUGCAUGUAUGGAAUGAUUUAGACUGGAGCUCUCCAUUAUAGCAUGACUUCUCAUUGAUGUGCAAUUUUCACGUACGCUAAGAAAAAAGGGUUCCAAAAGGGUUAUUUGGCUGUCCCCAUAGGAGAACCCUUUUUGGUUCCAGGUAGAACCCUUUUUGAUUCCAGGUAGAACCUUCUGUUGAAAGGGUUCUACAUAGAACCCAAAAGGGUUCUUCAAAGGGUCCUCCUAUGGGGACAGCCGAAGAACCCUUUAAGGUUCUGGAUAGCACUUUUUUUCUAAGAGUGUACACAGAGUUUUUCAGGAUUGCAAAGCAUGCAAUCUUGACUACCAAAAUGAUUACUGACAUUGAUACAUUACUUUAAUGCACAUCAGGAGUCAUUAUUGAGACUGAAAACAACUGAGUCGUUUCAUUUACAUUAUAUAAAGACUACUGUAUUCACCUGCAUUGCUUGGCCUGGCAUGCUCAAAUGCAAAGCAUUUACCACAACUAAUGUACAGAAUGCCACUAUAAGGAGAAGGUGAGUGUUUGUGUGUGUGUGUGUGUGUGUGUGAGUGUGUGUAUGUGUGUGUUUGCACGUGCGUUUGAGGAGUGGGUGAGUUUUUAUGCAAGCCUGCAUGCGAGAGAGUGAGUGUGUGUGGGUGUGCAUGUGUGCUUACGUGUACUUGUUGUUGGUUAAAUGUUUGCUCAGUUGAUGUGAGGUAUAUACAGUAUGUAAGGCUGUGUAUGCAAGGGUGAAUAUAGUAUGUAGAUUAAAGUGUGUCUGUGUGAAUGUGAUAGUAAUUGGGUGGGUGGGUGUUUGUGUAUGUGAAUGGGUGUCUUGGUUUUAGAAUACAACAUAGAAUGAGCCACAGACUGCCCCGGUUCCUCUUCCAGGGUAAGCUCUGCGGUGAAUAGCAUGGCACUACUAAUUUACAUUAUUGAGUAAUGUAUGUGUCGUGGACAAUAUUUAAAAAAUGCAUUAGAAGGUAGGCAACAAAAUCCCUUAAAAGGGUCAGUAAUUCUACCAUGACGUCAUGGUUAGCUAUUUGGCAAUUUAUAUUAUCAUAUGAACUAACACUGGGAUUUGUAAAUGUUCCAUAUAACUAGAGAUACUGUACAAUACAUCUGUAACAAACAAUGUGUAUCAGCAGGAGUUAUUAGCUCAUAUCUGCUGUAGAUUAGUGUUGAUUUUUCAGUAAUUAAAGUAAUUACGAUGAUUAUGUCAGUGGAGGUGUAAUCUUAGACAGUAAUAGUGCAAACAGAUUUUUGGGAGGUUGGAGUGCAGUUAGGGUUAUUAUUUCUUAUUAGAGGGCAACAAGGAGAAAACAGAAUACAAUUAUUGUAUUGUUUCUGUAGACUUUGACACAAACCAUUAUCAAUAUCAAAGUGCCAGGAUUUGCAGCAGGAACAAAAACAUUUGUCCUGCCUGGGGCUACCCCUGUAGCAAACCUCGACUACAUAUUGACUGUUUUACUGUCCUUUUUUUCCUUUUUACAUUCAGUAUAUCUAUCUCUUUCUCUCUUCUGUAAACAAUGAAUUAUGAAUAUAGAGUGCAAAAGCAAAAUGGUGUCACUCAAGGAAUGGUGAAAUCAAGUCAUGUUGCAACCAAGGUCAUCGAUGAAAAGAUGAGAUGUGCACUAGUAACAUCUGGGUAAACAAGCGGGGGGUAAGUGGCAGGUAGAUGGCUGCUGUAACUAACCAGACUGCUGAGAAGAACCUAUAGGUGUUUUUGACACUCUCUGUUCAAAUGUCUGACACCCACCCUGCCCCCUCCUCCCCCUUGUCAUUCUAGAAACAGGACGAUGAUGAUUAUGAUGAAGAUGAUGCUGAGACUGGCAUGACUGGAGAUGAGAAAGAGGAAGAGGUGAAGGAGAAAGAAAAGCUUGGGAAGCUUCAGUACUCCAUAGAUUACGACUUCCAGGACAACAAGGUUGGUGUUUUGACUCAAGCAGAUGGCUUUCUGACGACCCAGGAGCUUAAUAAAUAGACUAUUUUACUGUGUUGGAAAAAAGACUAAAAAAGCUAACUGCCUAAGCCUCUAGUCCAAGGUAGUUUUCCACAUGACUGCUUUAAAAAGCAAUGGACUUUUGCCAUUUGCUGAGAGUUUUUUAUCCUUCAAAAAUGCAGCUUUGAGUUGGGCCAAAAGCCAAGGACAGCUGUAAAUGUGAAUUUUCUGACACUAAAGGAUUGAUUCAACCCAUCAUUCUAUGGUUAUGCUUUCAAGAUCAAAACAGUCAAACUUUUACAAAGAUUCCAUUCCUUCUCCAUGUUACAUAUGCAGCAUAUGAAUGGAUUUCCUUGACCUGUUACGCAACAUUUUCUCCAUCAUCAUACUCUUCUGUGGAGAAUCUCUUUGUUCACUGAUACCUUGAGGAGCAAAGGCAGACAGACAGACCUCACCACACCAAAGCAUCUUUAUCAUGUUCAUCGUAAUGUGUUAUACAAGCAUAAAGUAAAGGCUUUCUUUGAUCUGUUCAAAGAAACAUCUGUUCAGAGAACUGUGGGUUGAACUGUGGGUUGUCUCUGUGGAACUGUGAGAGGACACUGUCUGGGUACAUUGAGGCUGAUUGAUCAUGUAUAGAGCAAAUUGACAGACCCUUUUUACCCUUGACCUCUGACCCCUAGCUCACAGUGGGCCUCCUCCAAGCAGCUGAUCUCCUCUCCAUGGACAGUGGAGGCACCUCUGACCCCUAUGUCAAGGUCUACGUCCUCCCAGACAAGAAGAAGCAUUUUACCACCAAGGUGCACAAGAAGACGCUGAACCCUACCUUCAAUGAGACCUUUGUCUUCAAGGUAGGCUACUGUACUUUGAUUUCUCUCUCUCUCUCUCUCUCUCUCUCUCUCUCUCUCUCUCUCUCUCUCUCUCUCUCUCUCUCUCUCUCUCUCUCUCUCUCUCUUCUCUCUCUUCUCUCUCUCUCUCUCUUCUAUAACGUAUAUCAGAAUUAUAAAGAUACAUCUAAUAGACCUAAGCUAUGAUGGAUGGCCAGACCAUAACUCCUGCCAGACAGCCAUUUACCCAAAGCCUGAUGCAUCAGCUAUUCUCUCUCUCUCAUCUGAUACAUCUGCUGGGCUGGUAUUUCAGAUAACACCUCAUAAUGGAGAUUCCCCAGUCCACUGCAGACUCCCUGCAUCUGAUACCAACUAGCUUCCACCAUUGAAUCUCCUCUGCCGAUUAUGGAGUCAGAGCCUAGACUUGCAUUUGUAGAUGCUCAGAUGCUGGACAUGUACUGUAUAUCAUAAAUCCAUAUCAUAUAAAGCUAUCUUAUGAAUUCCAUUUAUCUGGUCAUAUCUGAAGUUCAAAGAAAUGAUCCGAUAUUGCAUUUCAAAGAAUGAAUUACAAACUAUUCUUCAGAUAUUGUGUAACUACUGUCUAAUGUAUACGGUGUAUUUUAGACUCUAAUUCCAGCAAGCAUAAAUAGCCUCAAGCUUCCCAUUUUCAGAAUCUAAUUAAAGCUAUAGUCUGUUCCCAUGUGCUUUAAUUUAUGUUAUUUUUAUUGUGUGUCUGAGUGUUUGUGUGUGUCUCUGUGUGUGUGUGUGUGUGUGUGUGUGUGUGUGUGUGUGUGUGUGUGUGUGUGUGUGUGUGUGUGUGUGUGUGUGUGUGUAUCUGUGUGUGUGUGCAUCUGUGUGCAUUAGAAAGAGAGCAGUAGUAUAGACUAGUCUAGCUGGAGAAUGCGAUUGGAAAUCAGAGCUUGGCCGGUGAUGAAGCAUAGCCUUAGAAACCCCAGAGCUGACCUGAGCAGAGCAGAGCAGAGGAGGGGAUAGUUAAAGGAGAACGCCACCUCUCUCCCUCCUGUCUGAGUGCUGACACAGCUCUCUAUGAGAAAGGGAUCAAACCUGCUAUACCUUCCAAAGGAUAGGACAGGACUGUACUGUUCAGUUCUGCUGAAUGAGCAGCACACCAUGCAGGCUGGCUCUGGCCCUCUGUUCCUCUUCUCCCACUAAUCAUCCCCAUGCGCCCAUCACUUCUCUGGGGACACAGAGAGAGAGAGAGAGCAUCUGCUCCCACUGCAGGGAAAUACAGCCCAGACCCAUUAUAGAGAUGACCAAAGAGGUCUAAGAUACUCUGCCCUCAUUUAAUGGCUAUUCAUAUUCAGGUUUCUGUAUACAACUCCAAAUUGUGAGAUUCUUUGGAUGCUACAUACAGCUAUUUGUGCAUGUCUGGCUCUGAUCAUUCAAGGUCAAUGUAUGUAUAUCAGGUCAAAAUAAUGCUAUGGUUGUUCCACCAAUUCGGUGCCUUUUGAGAAGUGUAACUUUGUCAAACAAAUGUUUGAUUUCACCUAAUCUUAACAUUUUGUCAUAAAUAGCACAUGGUCAACUUUAUAAAAAAAACUGUUUUCCCAUCUCAAGAGGUUAAAUUAAAAAUUGACUAUAGCAAGUGCCUAUUAAGUGCAAAUUAAAGAAACAGGGUUGACCGUAACAGGGUUGACGAUUUCAUCUUAAAUCAGCCAUAAAUCCCCUUGUAACGAGGGGAAUGGAAGCUUGUUGUGUGCAACAGGGAGUGGCAAUUGAAUGAAAGCUUCAUAAACAUUUUUGAAUUGUUAAAAAAUAUCUAACCUGUCUAUCUAUGGGUAACAGGGUUGGCAUGUUAUGCUCGACCCGCUCAGUUUUCCACCACAAAACCCCAGAAAAUGACCAAAAAGAGUAGAACCAGCUUACCUGCUUUUACACUAUGAUUAGAUGUUUAAUGUUUCUUUCGAAAACAAUAUUUAAAAAGGGAUAGUUUCACCAUAUUAAAAAUGAGAGUUCAGUUCAUGUAACAUGGUUGACCUCAAAAUGAGGGACAGACUAAAUUGAUCACUAAUCACAUUAAAUAAAUAAUAAUCUUCAAAAAUGACUUUGUCAAAGCAACCAAAUAACUAGGGCUUUACAAUGAUGGUGAAAACUUGGAGAAAUGUUGGGGUUAAGUGGGUUAAAAUCAUAGAAUCACAGAGGGUGCACGGAGGGACAUUGUAAAAUGCUGAAUUCAGGCUUUUAAUAACAGGCUUUUAAAAUGCAAUAUUGGUGCACAAUUUCUACUUAAAAUAUCAAAGGGAUGCAAAAGGCACUCUUUUCAUGGAAAGACCCUCUGUCUAAAAUAGCAUUGGCAAACCUGUUCAAAAAAACACUCCCCUCAGCUAAAAAUAAAAGGUGUUCUUGCUUCAGAGGGUAACAUUUAUAAAAGAUAGUGAUAUUAAAUGUUGAUGUUUUUUAAAAAUGUUUUUCAGAUUCCAUUCCAAGAGAUGGGUGGCAAGACUUUGGUCAUGCAGGUCUUUGACUUUGACCGCUUCUCUAAGCAUGACGUCAUCGGAGAGGUAAAACUACCCUUGCACAAACUGGACCUGGCCCAGCCACUGGAGGAGUGGAGGGACCUGGACAGUGCAGAGAAAGAAGAGGUAAAUUGGGAGGACCAUCUCCCCACUUUUAUUCAGUCCUUUGAAAUAUCAUGUUGUACAGUUCAGAACGAUGUUCAUCCUCGUAGUGUGAAUGGUUCCCUAUAUUUAGGUGUUGUUUAGUGUGAAUGGUUUCCUAUAUUUAGGUGUUGCUUAGUGUGAAUGGUCCCCUAUAUUUAGGUGUUGCUUAGUGUGAAUGGUUCCCUAUAUUUAGGUAUUGCUUAGUGUGAAUGGUUCCCUAUAUUUCGGUGUUGCUUAGUGUGAAUGGUUCCCUAUAUUUAGGUGUUGCGUAGUGUGAAUGGUUCCCUAUAUUUAGGUGUUGCGUAGUGUGAAUGGUUCCCUAUAUUUAGGUGUUGCUUAGUGUGAAUGGUUCCCUAUAUUUCGGUGUUUGCUUAGUAUGAAUGGUUCCCUAUAUUUUCUGUGUUGCUUAGUGUGAAUGGUUCCCUAUAUUUAGGUGUUGCAUAGUGUGAAUGGUUCCCUAUAUUUAGGUGUUGCUUAGUGUGAGUGGUUCCCUAUAUUUAGGUGUUGCUUAGUGUGAAUGGUUUCCUAUAUUUAGGUGUUGCUUAGUGUGAAUGGUUCCCUAUAUUUAGGUGUUGCUUAGUGUGAGUGGUUCCCUAUAUUUAGGUGUUGCUUAGUGUGAAUGGUUUCCUAUAUUUAGGUGUUGCUUAGUGUGAAUGGUUCCCUAUAUUUAGGUGUUGCUUAGUGUGAAUGGUUCCCUAUAUUUAGGUGUUGCUUAGUGUGAGUGGUUCCCUAUAUUUAGGUAUUGCUUAGUGUGAAUGGUUUCCUAUAUUUAGGUGUUGCUUAGUGUGAAUGGUUCCCUAUAUUUAUAUUUUUCCUAUGGACAAGGGCAUGCACACAAUGAGGAUGAACAUUGAGGAUGAAUAUCAUUAGAUUGAACAUUAUUACAUUGAACAUUAUUACAUUGCACAUUAUUAGAUUGAACACGUUUUGUUCUCCUUUUUACCCCCUUCUCCCAUCCCACACGCAGCAAGAGAAGCUCGGAGAUAUCUGCAUCUCUCUCCGCUACGUGCCCACUGCUGGGAAACUCACCAUCUGCAUCCUGGAGGCCAAGAACCUCAAGAAGAUGGACGUGGGAGGACUGUCAGGUAAAAUAUGGAAACAUAAUGAUCACUGUGAACAAAACAAUGGAAACAGAUGCACAGUGGAGUUUAAGCCGCCCAUACAGUAUCUCCCAUAUCCUGGUUCAAUGUGCUCCCCUUGGUCAAGGUCAACGAGACAGUACAGGACAAGGAGGCAAUACCUCUAUUCACACAGUACACCCAAAUCUAUGUUCCCAUCAGAGUGUUUCUUUGUGCAUUAUUCUGUGGUAAAGGUUAGGCUAUACAUGAAAUAGGAUCCAGUAAAACCUUGUGAAUCGACCGUGUGAUUUUGAUCUGUAUGGUGAGCUGCUGUAGGCUACAUUGCAAGCAGCCAAUCUCCAGGGCCAUUCAGUUUGCCCUCACGUGCUGACGCUGAUGUACCCAUGACCCUCCACUCCCUUCAGCUAAACUGCACUGCACCCAUCUGCUGGCAGUUUACUGCAUUACAACCACUGCUGGGUUCCUUUUGUUACUGGAGCCCUGAUGGUAAUGAAGUAUUGUGUUUUAAUGAUUGAACUCUGCUGAAACAAUGUGACAGGGACAAUAAGAUACAUCUAUUAAACUACAAAAAUACAUGUUUGUUAAUAAUCCCAAUAGCGAAUCUGCGACCAGGCUUGUUUUAAUACAUGGCUGUGUAUAUCACUCCCUCUGUGUGCAGAUCCCUAUGUGAAGAUCAACUUGAUGCAGAACGGCAAGCGUCUGAAGAAGAAGAAGACCACGGUGAAGAAGAACACUCUGAAUCCAUACUACAACGAGUCCUUCAGCUUUGAGAUCCCUAUUGAGCAGAUGCAGGUAGUGUACAGCUGGGAACAAAGCACUCAAAGACAGACAGACAGACAGACAGACAGACAGACAGACAGACAGACAGACAGACAGACAGACAGACAGACAGACAGACAGACAGACAGACAGACAGACAGACACACACACACACACACACACACACACACACACACACACACACACACACACACACACACAUUCCUGACCACAGCACAGCUGUGCUAAAACCAGAAUUAAUCAUGCCCCCUUGUGUAUCAUUGAAUUUGAUUACAGUAAUGCAAGAGUGUACAGCUGGGUGGGAACAAAGUGCCCAAAGGCAUACAUACUGUACACCAUGGAAUUAGAAUUCAAUGAUGCAAUUAUAUUCUGUAAGAUCAUUCUAAACGUCAAUAAUAUAACACUUUAUUUUUCUCAUUCCCUAGAAAAUCCAAGCUGUGGUCACAGUGCUGGAUUAUGACAAGAUCGGUAAAAACGACGCCAUCGGGAAGAUCUGGGUGGGCAGCAAGGCGACGGGCACCCAGCUGAAGCACUGGUCCGACAUGCUGGCCAACCCUCGCCGCCCCAUCGCCCAGUGGCAUCCACUGCAGCCCGAGGAGGAGAUCGAUGCUUCGCUGGCAGCCCUGAACGCCAAGAAGUAA